UGCCUCAUCGCUAAAGGGGUAAACUAACCCUUUCGUGUGAAAAUAUUAUAUAUCGAUAUUGUUUCAUGUUUCUAAUGGCCUAAAUGUUUAAUUUCCCUAUUUAUUUUCGAACGUACAAUUAAAUUAUGAAGGGUAAAAGGAAAGAAAAACACAUCGAAAUGCAGCAGUUGGGAAAGCCACGGAACUUUUUGAGCGUAUGAGAGAAACGAAGAAGUGGAUCAAAUAUUCGAAAAAAUCUAUGAUUCCUGAAAUCAAAAUAAGCCGGAUGUACAAGUAUUCAGAGGAUGCUUGUCAACUACGUUUGAAUGGGCUGAAAUUGAGAGGACCAUUUCUGAAUAUAUUUCAGUAUGAAAUAGACAAUUACCUUCUUCUUGUGAAAGGGGGCUGAGGGAUGGAUAGCCCAAAUAACUUGAAGCCAACAUCAACGAGUUUUGGUCAGGUACAUAACAACUCCACCAAUAAUGCCAAUGUAUCUUAUUCAUCUCAACCUGGUGAAAAGACCACCGACUUAAUUUUCCAAGCAAGUCUAGCCAUCAUUCUCUGCAUUAUAACUUUGGCAACAACAUUAUCAAAUGCUUUUGUCAUUGCAACUAUUUCGCAGUCACGGAAACUGCACACCCCAGCGAACUUUCUUAUAGCAUCUUUAGCGGUAACGGACCUUUUGGUAUCCAUCCUGGUGAUGCCCAUUUGCGUGCUGUACACAGUAAGUCACACAUGGACUCUUGGUCAAAUUAUUUGCGACAUCUGGCUGUCUUCGGACAUAACAUGCUGCACGGCGUCUAUACUGCAUUUGUGCGUAAUAGCCCUGGAUCGUUAUUGGGCUAUAACGGACGCGGUUGGGUACGCCAAAAGGCGCACGCCGGCGAGGGCAGCGGGUAUGAUCGCCACAGCUUGGAUCAUCGCUGUGUCCAUCUCUCUACCUCCCUUGUUCUGGCGCCAAGAAGUAAAAGCUGAACAUUUGACUAGUUGUUCUGUGAAUACUGAUCACAUAUUCUACACUAUUUACUCCACGUUUGGAGCAUUCUACAUCCCAACUUUGCUGCUUAUUGUUCUUUACGGGAGGAUAUAUAUCGAAGCGCGAAAAAGAAUUCUGAAACAGUCACCAAAAGUUGGCAAAAGGCUCACGUCUGCACAGCUGGUUAGUAAUUCGCCUGGAUCUGUUGCUUCGACUAGUCCGUUACACUUUGGACGAAAAGACUAUGGGUUAAAUGAUACAAAUGUGCACCAGGUUCAGGUGACUCUGUCGGACGGACUUCUGGAGAAAAAGAGAAUCUCCGCUGCUAGGGAGCGGAAAGCGACCAGAACCUUGGGUAUAAUUUUAGGAGCUUACAUAGUAUGUUGGUUGCCGUUUUUCAUCUAUACACUGCUGGUACCACUAUGUUCGUCAUGCUUUCAACCAGAGUUAUUUGAUUUUUUCACAUGGCUUGGCUACCUCAACUCGUUGAUAAAUCCAAUAAUUUACACCAUGUCCAAUGAGGAUUUCAAAAAGGCUUUCCACAAACUCCUGCGAUUUAGAUGCUGUGUGUCUUAAACAAUGUAAAAGACUCAAAAAUAAUUUAAAGCAGUGUUUAACGAAAUAUGGCAAUGAUUGAAAAUCAAAUCCAAGGCAACAAUGCUGAGGUAAAGUAAGUAUGGACAUUUGAACUAGUUAGUUUAUUUUAAAAUGUAGUCUAAUACCAGUGUAAUAAUGAGGUGGUGAUCAGGGGACCAUUCACUAUUUAAUCUCACUGUCAAUUGCUAGGAGUCAUAUGUUGAUUGUUUGUUAUGCCUUGGAAAUUGCCAAACAAAAAUAGACCUCAAGACCAAGGUUAAAGUACACAUGUGUAUUUGCUGGACAGUGGCAUGGGCUUUAUAUUGAGAUGAAUGUCAUACAUUGAGUAAAUCUGGAGUAAUAUUUGCUCAAUGAAAACAGGUCUGGCUCAUAUUUGCUGAGUACACAUGCAUCUAUAGAGUCUCCAUGUUCUGUGCAUACACCCUUCAGCUGUUUGCUCCGAUGGACAUUGCAAUUUUGGCAGCUAAAGAUAAAAAGGCAUUGUUACUUAGCACAGUGUUUUAAGUAGCCAUGAGCUACAGCUACAAUAUAGGUUCCAUAACUAAAAUGACUAGAGGGAGACUCAGAGCAUGUUUCCUUUAAGACAGCAAUGACUUGUAACAUGUCAUGUGCCA